CAGGAUGCUUUUCACCGCGGGUCCGGACCGCUUCAAACUACGCUCAGACUUUCCGCCCGCAACACUUCACCUCAUGUGAAAGUGUGCCGCCGGACGAUGCUGCGGAGAGUCGAGCAUGAAAGCCAUGAAAACGUGGACUCCGGAGCCGAAACAGCCGAGUCUGACUGCAGCAGGAUGUCCUCAUCUGGCAUUGAGUUCAUGACCAGGAGGGUGAGGCCGCAGCGGCAGCAGCAGUCCCUGCUGAUAAACCUGCAUCUGCUUGCAAAUCCCGGAGACUCGCUGCUGUUACAGCACAGCCUGGACCGCCUGCUGCGCUGGCUGUGCCCAAGCCUCCGCAUCUUCCACGUGUCAGAGCGGGCCUCCCCGUUCAGGAGUUACAAACGCGCCUGUCCCGUGGCAGGCUACCCGUCUGUGGCCAUCACUUUUUUUCUCCACGAGGCCUACGGAGAGGAGCGGAUCCUCAAAGUGCUGGACUUCUUCCAGCGGCCGCCCUGGCAGUACCACCACACGGAGAGCUGCGGCAGCAGGACCACAGGGAUCCACAUCACCUCCGGCGGCUCCCCGUCCAGCGCCCUGCUCAGGCCCUACCUCCUGCCCAGCAGGGACUUCUACAGUCUGGGGGCAGGAAUGCCCGUGUGGGGGGUUAGGCCUGUGCACUGCGGAGGGGAAAUCCUGCGCGUGACGCUGUACAGCGGAUACGACAACUACGAGGACAGCGUGCGGCUCUAUGAAACCGUGCUGCAGCGACAGGCGGAGGAGCAGAAGGCUGGCUUCUGCUGGUUCACCCUGCACUCAGAGCCCGGCCUCAGCCUCCAGCUGGCUUUGAAGCAGCUGUCUCCAGGGGUUCGGGUGGAGCCGUGCAACUCCGCCGUGCUGCAGUUCAGCGUGGAAGAAAUCGGCCAGCUGGUCCCAUUGCUGCCGAACCCCUGCACCCCCAUCAGCGACUCACGCUGGCAGACAGAAGACCUGGAUGGUAACAAAGUGCUAUUUCAGGUGAAAACCCCGGCUCAGCCUCAGCGACCUCUGACCUGUGCCUUCCCCCUGACCUGCCCGAGCGUCUCCCCUCGAGGAAUCCAGCUCCGGAGCCCGGUACAGGGCCACAGCCUGUCGCCCUGCAGCUUCACGACGCCCCCGCCCUGGCAAACGCACCGGCAAGCCCUCAGACCGCGCAGCGACCCCGUGUUGGACAAGCUCCACGUGGGAGCAGAAAGCCUGGGCUCGGGGAGCUGCUGCAGCACCCCACCCAGCAGCUCCUGCUACUCGUCGCAGCGCAGCAGUCCCGCUCCGCUCUCCACCUCCAACCACCCCGACUCUCCUCUGCGGCCCUCCGUCACCCGCUCCCGCUCCCGCCUCCUCCUGGAGGAGGACGAAGAGGAGUCCGAGACCAACGUGGACACGGGAGCGGCCGUCGCGCUGCGCCCGGACACAGUCGGCAAUACGAUCGGCCGCUCCUCUUCAGUGGACAUCCUGACGAGUCUUCGCCCGGAAAGACCUGCAGCCGUCGGGGCUUCGGCUGUCGAGGAACUGGCCAAGGAGCUGAGUGAAUGUCUGCCGCGAACUUACGCACACCUUCAGGGCUCCUCUGGGAAAUGGGGUCCCGGUGCAGAUGCAGCCAGGGAGGACUGCAGCAGCAGAACUGUGGCAGCAGGACAGAGUCCCUCCAACAGACCUCUGAGAGAGAGCAGGACUCCCGCCGGGCUGCUGCCGGCUCGGACCGACAGCCAGGAGCCAGUCGAUGAGUUCUUCAUCUGAUCCUCUAGGACUGAAGCUGUGGUGAUUAUCACAGUGCAGCUAAAGUUAAAAAAAAAAACACACACCACAACCGAGGAUGAGUAAGGUGAGUCCUGAAACUCAAAUCAGAGCUUGAAGCAAGGCUGCGGGAACAAACGAGCGUUGCUGUGGAAGUCAAAGGAAAGUCCUGCAGCAGGCGACACUUUCCACCCAGCGCUCCAAAUUCCUCCAGUGGUUUCACUUUAAUUUCCACAAUGUCAGAAAAUAGCACAAUUAUCCACAAGUCUACCAGACGUCCAGUAAGAAGUGAGACGGUGCCGAUAACAGUAUUGAAUGAAUUAUUUGUUUUAAAUUAGAUUCAGCUCAUGAUUUGUGCAGCUGUUUUAAAAUGUAGCUCAGUGAAAAGAAAGUAACUUCUGUUUUAGUGCUACUUGAUAAUUUGGCCAGGUGAGCCGAUGUUUUACGUUCAGGUACAGAUCAUCGUGAUCUCAGUGUGAAGGUACUCUUUAAUGCUCCUGUGGUUUGUUGUGAUUAGCAGUUUGAUUUUCACAGGCUGUAGUAUCUGUUACAGCUCUGACAACAGGAUUUAUUUACUAAAAGGUUUUGCACAUCAAAUGAUCACUUACUUACUCACUUGGAUGAGAAAAAAAAACGUUGGACUGAAAUAUUUUUCAAAGACAGUUACAGUAUUUUUUAAAGAGAUUUGCCACUAAUAUACCCUGAAGCCUCAGAACUGUUUAUGUCUGAGGAAUCAGCAGACGGAUUAACUGAAGUGAAAACUUAACAAGCCCUUCAUUAAGUGGACUGAUCACUGCAACAGAUGGUUGUCAACCUCAUGUCUUUGCACGUUACUAAUGACCGUCAUUGCUGCUUCUUAAUAGACUUUGCAAAACAAAUAAUACCAAACGGCAACAAACACUUCCCUUUGUAGUUUUUUUUUUUUUUUU